AUGCCUUUGCAGUCAGUCCUCAAGCCUGGCCCUGGAAUUACAGCUGAGAAGUCCACCACCGAAUCUCGGCGCUUGGCACGCUGUCCCUUCUUGGCCCGCCAACUGACCCUUGCCAUCCCCAUCAUCGCUGCUAUCCUCUUCUUCUUCGUCAUGAGCUGCCUGCUACAGACGAGUUUCACUGACCCUGGGAUCCUGCCCCGGGCCACCGUCUGUGAAGCAGCUGCCCUGGAGAAACAGAUCGACAACACAGGCAGUUCCACCUACCGGCCACCCCCUCGGACCCAGGAGGUGAUGAUCAAUGGGCAGAUGGUGAAGUUGAAGUAUUGUUUCACCUGCAAGAUGUUUCGACCACCCCGGACCUCACACUGCAGUGUCUGCGACAACUGUGUGGAACGGUUUGACCAUCACUGCCCCUGGGUGGGCAACUGUGUGGGGAGACGGAACUACCGCUUCUUCUACGCGUUUAUUCUCUCCCUCUCAUUCCUGACGGCCUUCAUCUUCGCCUGCGUGGUCACCCACCUGACGCUCCGCUCUCAGGGAAGCAACUUCCUCUCCACUCUGAAGGAGACACCAGCAAGUGUGCUGGAGUUGGUGAUCUGCUUCUUCUCCAUCUGGUCCAUCCUGGGCCUCUCAGGGUUUCACACUUACCUCGUCGCCUCCAACCUGACAACUAACGAAGAUAUCAAAGGCUCGUGGUCCAGCAAGAGAGGUGGCGAGGCCUCUGUCAAUCCCUACAGCCAUAAAAGUGUUAUCACCAACUGCUGUGCUGUGCUCUGCGGCCCCCUACCUCCCAGCCUGAUUGACCGGAGGGGAUUUGUGCAGCCUGACACCCUGUUGCCCUCACCCAUCAGAAGCGACGAGCCAGCCUGUGGAGCCAAGGCCGAUGCCAACAUGGAGGACACCUGUCAGGAUUUUGCCAUCUCCUGCACAGCCUGAGGGGAGCUAACAGUCCUCUUUGCAGAGGGUUAGCUGUGUGUGCGGGGGCUUAAGGACCUCCUGAGGACCGCUGCUCUCUUCCUCUCCAGGAGUGGCCUGGGGGGAGCCAAGCACCUGGCACCUCC